AUGUCGGAUGGCCAGGUUCGCACCUCGGUGGGCUGUCGGAGCCAGCUGGACGCUGGUGGCACCGCUGAAUUAGACCGGAUGACGGUGGCACACAUCCUGGAUUCGACAGCCGCCUCGCCUCAGCAGCUUUACAUCGCGCGCAGGGCAUUGAGAGCCUCCUACAGCGGCAGCGGCGGUGGCACCUUUCCCGUAGUUGCGCUGGACUCGGUGAAGUCGGAGAAGAGCGGAGAGGCCUUGGCCGUGCCUUUCCUGGAUCCGCAGAGGGAGCCCUCGUCGGGCUCGAAGGUCUCCAAGGCCGUCUCCUCGAAUAAGGAGGGCCUUGAGGAGAUCUUCUACUCCCCCUUCACUUUGCUGCUCGUCUUCGUUCCCUUGGGAGCCGCCUCGGAGACGCUCGGCUGGGGCGAUGGCUGGACCUUCGUGCUGAACUUCGUGGCCCUCUUGCCUUUGGCGAAGUUCCUGGGCGACGCGACGGAGGAGCUUGCCGUGGCCAUCAAGAACGAUGCGGUGGCCGGUAUGCUGAAUGCCACCUUCGGCAACGUGGUCGAGAUGAUGAUCACAGUCAACACCCUAAGGUCGCGGAAGAUGCCCUUCGCCGAGCGCACCAGCGUGGUGAAGUGCACCCUGCUAGGAUCGAUCCUAUCGAACCUUCUGCUGGUGCUGGGAAUGUCCUUCUGCUUCGGUGGCCUGACACAGGUGAAAGUCGAGGCGGCCACUGUUAUGGUUGGUGGGGAGAAGGAGCAGAAGUUCGCCAUGAAGGGUGUGAUCAUGAGCAUGGGCUUGCUGAUAUUCUGCUGCAUGUCCUUCGCACUCCCCACGCUGUUUGCGCAAGGCUACGAAAGCGAUAUGGAGGACCUGCUGGACGUCUCACGCUUCGGAGCGUUGCUUGUUGCUUCCGCGUACAUCGCCUUCCUGAUCUUCCAGCUCUUCUCUCACAAGCAGACCCUAGAGCAGGAGGAGGAGUGUCUGAAAGACGACGGAGCCGAGGAAGACCAGGAGCGACCUCCUCUAGCCAUUUGGCUGUCGCUGACUAUGAUGGUGGUCGUCACUGUGAUCACGGAUAUCGUUUCAGACUACUUGUGUGAUUCGAUCAACGGCGUCACCGCGGCCAUGAAUGUUGACUUUCUCGGCACCAUUGUGCUCCCCAUUGCUGGAAAUGCUUGCGAACAUCUCGGUGCCGUGCGGUUUGCCAUGGACGACAAGCCGGGCCUUGCUGUUGGUAUUGCCGUCGGCUCCUCGACGCAGGUCGCGCUCUUCGUGGUGCCCUUUGCUGUCAUCGUGGGCUGGAUGCUUGAUGUGCCUAUGACCCUGGACUUCGGCAUGAUCAACACCGCUGUGAUCUUCUUCUCCGUGCUCCUAGUGGUGGUGCUCAUGUCCGACGGACGAUCACACUGGCUGAAAGGCUACCUGUUGAUGCUGGCCUACACUUUCAUCGCUGUUCUAUUCUGGAACCUGCCGCCAAAGAUCGUCUGA